AUGCGUGGGAAGAAUAAAGACAAAUCUGUUCUUGUAUUUGAUCCGGACAUAGACAGAACUUUGAGAAGGAUAAGGAAUGACUUGAGAGCAGAGAACUCGGCUAAAAAGAACCAGAAUUUACAGUUUACACCUUCUUCACCAAACUCAGCAGAAAAACAAGUCAAUUCUCCAACUUCAUCUGAAAAUUCAAUGGCUGAACCACAUAGACAAAGGACUUUAGGAGACUAUGGAGUACCUAAUAUGCAUGGAUACAGUUCUUCUAUUGUCAGACCAACCAUUCAAGCCAACCAUUUUGAGAUUAAAUCUGCCUUACUUCAUUUAGUUCAACAAGAUCAAUUUUCUGGAUUAAUUUCAAAUGAUCUUAACUUGCAUAUUUAUAAUUUUCUGCAGUUAUGUGAUACUAUAAGGAUCAAUGGAGUUAGCGAAGAUGCAAUCAGAUUAAGAUUGUUUCCAUUUUCCUUGAGGGACAAGGCAAAAUGUUGGCUCCAAGCCCAACCACAAGGAAGAAUAACUACUUGGAUAGAUCUAGUCAAUAAAUUUUUCUCUAAAUAUUUUUCACCUUCUAAGGCUGCAAAGCUAAGAGGAGAGAUCACAUCCUUCAUGCAGCAAGAAGGAGAAACCUUAUAUGAGGCAUGGGAGCGAUACAAGGAACUCUUGAGAAGAUGCCCAUAUCAUUGCAUACCGGAAUGGAUGCAACUUGAAACCUUCUAUAAUGGGAUGAAUCCAGCAACUAGAAAUAUGAUAGAUGCAGCUGCAGGAGGUUCUUUGAACACCAAAUCACUAGAAGAAGCUCAAGGAAUUAUAGAUAUGAUGGCUUUCUCCAUGCAUCAAAGCUGUAGUUUGAGACAAUCAACAAGGAGUAAUGGUUAUGAGGCAAAACUUCUUGAGACCUUUUUGACUCAAAAUCAGCUGCAAAAUCAAUUGUUUUCUGAGAAAAUAGCUGCACUUACUCAACAAAUCAGCAACUUACAAGCUGCACCAACCCAGAAUACUCCACUUGUGUGUGAUUUUUGUGGAGGGAAUCAUGUAAACGGAGCUUGUGAUGGAAAUAAUUAUGAAUCUCAAGAACAAGUCAAAUAUAUGGGGAAUUUUAAAAGACAACAAUCUUCAUUUCCUCCUCGUUUUCAACUCUCUAACGAUAAAAACCAGUAG